CAAUAACCCAGUAAGUUUUUUGGGGGCUUGAAACUGAAUCCGGUGUGAGGUCGGAGAACGGGCAUGCAACAACCCGUAACAACAUUCACACCCACAAUUCCGCCAUCUCAUCCAUGACAUCACCACCAAGUCGGCUGUUGCAAUAGACGAGGCCACCCGCAGCAACCGCAGCAAAAACAGCUUCGCUGCAGAACAGCGAAAUCGCCUAGAUCAAAUUCAGAACCUAGUUGAGAAAUUUCUGUGCCCAUGUCUAUCCUCAUUGUCGGAGCGACCCGCGGCCUCGGCGCCUCCCUUGCGAAGCAGUACGCCCAACAAGGCCAGAAGACUGUGUACGGGACCACUCGGUCCAGCCAAGGCCCCGAGUCCCCUGAUUUCCCGGACAGCAUCAACUGGCUUUCCUCGGUAGACCUGACGAGCCAGCAAGCUGGCGAUACGAUCGCGAGUCAUCUGAGGGGAGCAAAGCCUUUGGACACAGUGAUCAUCAGCGCCGGCUACUUUGGAACCGAGAACUUCGAGGAAGGACCCAAGUGGGACGAGGAGCUCCGGAUGUAUACCACAAGCUCCAUCGCCCCCGUCUUUGUCGUCCACCGUCUGGUCCAAGCCGGCCUGCUGGAAAAUGGGUCCAAGGUUGUGCUCAUCUCUUCCGAGUCCGGAAGUAUCACGCUCCGACAUGAGACCGAAGGUGGCGGCAACUAUGCGCACCACGCCAGCAAGGCGGCCCUCAACAUGGUCGGGAAGCUUCUGAGCCUUGACCUGAAGGACAAGGGAGUUAUUGUGUCAAUUGUCCAUCCAGGUUUCAUGCGAACGGAGAUGACCAAGGGUGUCGGCUUCGAUAAGUUUUGGGACGACGGCGGUGCCGUUACUCCAGAAGAGGCGGCAAAGUCACUCAUAGAGUGGAUCGGGAAGCUGGACAUAUCCAAGACUGGCGAGUAUUGGGCUCCUCGUGGCCCAGGAGACAUUGGGACUGCCUCUGCUGUACUGGGUGAGGGGCUUCCUACACCACUUCAUCUGCCAUGGUAAAUGACAUGUGGCCGGUUGCAUCCUGUAAGCUGGUGCCGGUGCCGGUAUUGUUUCCUCGAUCAAUCAAACGGAUGGCGCGUCCAAUUUGGUCCCUGCUUGAAGCUCGAUAUUGCAAGACAAAAAUAGGUGAUGGCAAAGUGCCUGCCUGGUGAGAAUAAUCCGAAUCCAACGAUAGGUACCUAUGCACCCCACAAAUUCCUCUGCCGUUUGGGGGGGUAGCUCCUGUUAAGAUAAGCACGACCAGGUAGCCACAGGACAAUCCCUGGUUCUCGGUAACACCCUUCGCUGUAGGUACCGUCAAUUCUACAAUCCGUGUCCGCAUCCCUGCUCAGUCCUUAGAUGUGAAUAUGAGAAAGGUUCUGAGAUGAUUGAAACCGCCCAGAGCUGUAGAG